AUGAUUCUUACCAACCUUAGCAAGAGAAGUUUAGGCUCUAUUGGAAAGCCACAUCCAAAAACACAAUUUACAUCCAAAGAGGAUCAGCAACUGAUGUCGCUUGUUCAGAUUUACGGAGAUAAUAAUUGGGAAGUUAUUGCUCAAUUAAUGGAAGGCCGUAAUGUUAGACAGUGCCGUGAAAGGUACACAAAAUACCUCUCUCCAGACAUAAAUAGAGAUCCUUGGAGUCGUGAAGAAGAUAAUUUGCUGAUUGAAAAGCAUAAUCAAUUUGGUCCAAAGUGGGUCAAAAUAUCCAAAUUCUUCAAUAAGAGAACAGAUGCGGCUAUCAAAAAUCGAUGGAACAUUCUUCUUCGUCAGCUUCCUAUCAGGCCAGAUUCUCCUAGCUCGGAGCCUGAACCAGAACAGCAUGAAAACGAAUUAGAAAUUGCAACACCAGAAAUUAUUAGCGAGAAGGAUCAGCUCUUUUAUGUGUUUGAAAGGUUUGCGCAAAAUUUUUAUAUGUGCGAAGAAAAUGCUUUUGAUUCAUGGUGA